UUGAGCUUCUUCGUUCGCUUGAAAAUCGUUACAAGUGUGAACCAAAUGAAAUUUGAAUUGAAUGCUAUAAUGAAGUUGGCAAUGAUCAUUAUCAAGUGCAAUGUGAGUGGGCAGCAAUGUGUAACAGUUGCCUAUGAAAAUCAAUGAGCAGUUGAAUAAAACUCAUCACGCGCACCUCGCACACGCACACACACACACACACACACUAUCUUCAAUCAGCUUCGUGUACUCGUGACUCGUGACUCGACGCCGCGACCGUGUGCGUGUGUGUGUGGUCCUGUUUCUGUGCGGCUGUGUGUGUGUCUUGAACGCAGGGCUCGAGUCCAGCUCCUUCCACAAUUCCUGUCGUUCUUCUAACGCUGCUCUGAUUGCAGGCCACGAGGCCGAAACGUAACGAAAACGAAAACGAAAACGCGAUGAAAAUUAAAGCUUUGCGUGACAAAAAUCGCUAACCAAAAGAGCAAAAAAAAAGAAACAAACAUAACGGUAAAAAAAAGGAAAUUUAUACACAUAUAUAACAACCCCAACAAGUGAACACAAAGAAAAUUGUGGCCGGACAGUGUUGCGUAAAAGUAAAAAUUUCGCUUUCAUUUUUUUGGUCGCGAGUUCUGGCAAAAAAACUGCCAACAACAACAAAACGAAACACAACAAAAAAUAAAAAACGAUUAUCAUCUGGUCCUAGCGAGCGGCGUCGCUUCUAUAAAUAACGUUGCGCCAGGCGCCGCUAAUUACGCCAAAACAUGAAAAUAUUUACAACAAAAACAAAAGGCCCAACAACAGCAGCAACAACGAGGAAAACUCGGCAAUUAAUCAAUUUUCCGCUUGACCAAUAUAUAAUAAAUUCAUUCGAGCUGAAUCCACACGGAAGUUUGCACUAUUAUCAUAAUUAAAAACGGGAACAGCAAAGCAGAGUAGAAGGAGCAGCAGGAGAAGGGGCAGCAGCAGGAGGAGCAGGAGUUUAGCAUAUCAAAGCAAGCAUAUCAAAGUAAGCCAGCGUGGCAUGGCCUAAAGGAUAGCAUAUCACACACACCAACACACACACAUACACACAUACACACAUAGAAAAUCUUAAAGAUGCAGCUGCAUUGGAGGCAGCUGCUGCUGCUGCAGCUAUUGCUGUGGCAACUGCCCAGAUCUUUGCUAGCGAAUCGCUAUAAUUCAGGCAAGCUAUAUGCAAACGGCGGCAGCUCAAGUACCAGUUCCAGUUCCAGUUCCGGCUCCAGUUUGAGCUACAAAUCGUCACAGCAGCAGAACGAAGUAUUCUCCAUAGCCGAUAGCCAGCCCAUGACAGACGAUGGCUAUGUGGCUCCAUCAGCGGCUCCCUAUUAUCCGGCCAGCGAGCUGGACAAUCCGACGCAGCACCUGAGCAGUUGUCAGACGGUGUGCGCCUGCAAAUGGAAGGGCGGCAAGCAGACGGUGGAGUGCAUCGAUAGACAGCUCAUCCAAAUACCCGAGCACAUCGAUCCCAGCACCCAGGUGCUGGACAUGUCCGGCAACAAGCUCCAAACGCUAUCCAACGAGCAGUUCGUGCGAGCCAACCUGCUCAAUCUGCAGAAGCUCUAUCUGCGCAACUGCAAGAUUGGCGAGAUCGAGCGCGAGACGUUCAAGGGAUUGACCAAUCUGGUGGAGUUGGACUUGUCGCACAAUCUCCUGGUGACAGUGCCCAGCCUGGCCCUGAGCUACAUCUCCUCGCUGCGCGAGCUGACACUCGCCUCGAAUCACAUACACAAGAUCGAGGCGCAAGCCUUCGGCAGCACGCCCUCGCUGCACAAACUGGAUCUGUCGCACUGCGACAUACAGACCAUAUCGGCGCAGGCCUUCAGUGGUCUGCAGGGACUGACACUGCUGCGCUUGAAUGGCAACAAGCUGAGCGAGCUGCUGCCAAAGACCAUCGAGACGCUGAGCCGGCUGCACGGCAUCGAGUUGCAUGACAAUCCCUGGCUAUGUGACUGUCGAUUGAGGGAUGCCAAGCUAUGGCUCAUGCAGCGCAAUAUACCCUAUCCGGUGGCUCCGCUGUGUGCGGGCGGACCCGAACGCAUCAUCGAUCGCAGCUUUGCGGAGCUGCACGUGGACGACUUUGCCUGCCGACCCGAAAUGCUGCCCAUCUCGCACUACGUGGAGACGGCCAUGGGCGAGAAUGCCUCGAUUACGUGCCGCGCACGCGCCGUGCCCGCGGCCAGCAUUCAUUGGUAUUGGAAUGGCCGUCAGCUGGCAAACAACAGCGCCUUCAGCGCCUAUCAGCGUGUCCACAUGUUCGAGCAGCUGGAGGGCGGCUUCGAGAAACGCUCGCGUCUCGUUCUGACCAAUGCCCAGGAGACGGACUCCAGCGAGUUCUACUGUGUGGCCGAGAAUCGCGCCGGCAGCGCCGAGGCCAACUUUACGCUCCACGUGAGCAUGCGAGCCGCGGGCAUGGCCUCGCUGGGCAGCGGCCAAAUUGUGGGCCUGAGCGCCGCCUUGGUGGCGCUCAUAGUGUUCGCUCUGGCGGCUAUUAUGUGCCUGCUGCUGCGGGUCAAACGGCAGCCGUAUGUGGACAGCAAGACGCCCAAUCACAUGGAGGUCAUCACCUCGGUCAACCAUCAGAAUUCCAUCACCAACAAGACACAGCCGGCAACGGGCAAUGGCAGCAUCGGCGGCGUUGUCAUCGCCAAUGGAGCUGUGCCCAAUUGCAUCGACGGGGGCUUAGCUGGCGGCGCUGCUGGAACGCUGGAGCGGAAGAGCAGCAGCAGCACAGCACCAACUGGCGGCGGAGUGGGAGGAGUUGGAACCAAUUGUAGACGCACCAGUGGAUCGCCUCAUGAGCAACGCAAUGCGAAUCCGGUCCAGAAGCCACCACGACUCACCGAUCUGCCCUACUCGACGCAGGGCUAUGACAAUGCUGGCAGCGUGCUCUCCACAGCCUCGUGCUUCAUCUCGCCCAGCGGCUCGACUGGACAUGGCAACAAUCCGGAUCUUAUCAAUGAUACGAAACGCUUUGGCAGCGACGAGUUCUGCGAUCUCAAGCUGCCCGCCAUGGAGCUGACGAGUGGCGGCGGCAGUGGGGAAUACAGUCGGGCCAACGGCUGCGACUCGCUGUAUCCAUCCGGUCUGUGGGAGCAUGCAGCAGCAGCGGCCAGCUCGGCGGAUGAUCUGUUCAUGAAACGCUACACGGACAAGACGCCCAUCAUCGACUCCAGCCAGCUGUACGACCUGCAUGAGCGUAGCGCAGCCAGCGACUACUUCAGCAAGACCUUUCCGCGCUCCCAUUGCAAUGCGACGCUGCAGCAGAGCGGAUGCAGUGCAGCAGCUGCCUCGACCACCUCGACGGCCACGACGAAUCUAUCUAGCGGCUCCUCUGGCUACCCCAAUGACUAUGGCCUGCCGUUAGUGCCGGGCGCUGAGCAUCAGCACAAUCAUCAGCUGCAGAUGCAUCCACUGCAGCAGCUGCAGCAACAGCUGCAGCACAGCGGCAGUCCACACUUUAGCAGUCGCACCCUGCCACGCCUACACGAUGGCGGCGGCAGCAGCAAUGGCUCGGCCAGCUCAUCGCCCACGCCCGCACAGGCAAUGGCUGCACCGUCAGCUAGCUCCAGUUCCUGCUCAAUACUGCCCAAUGGACAGCCCGUGAAUGCCAAGACGAUACGGGUCUGGCAAAAAGGGGGCGUGCCCGUGCUGCCGCCCGUAACAGCACUGAAGCGGGCGUUGAUCAGCAGCAGUCGCAACUCGCCCGACGAGGGCUACCAGGAGGGCUGUGGAACCGAUGUCUAAGCGCCUCCACCCACAUCCACACACCCCCACACACACACACACACAUAUAAACCCCCGCAGAACUGACUAAACUUAAACUGAAUGCAUACAGUAAACACUAACUAAAACACACUCACCCACUCAUACACACACACACACACAUAUUUUAUAUACACACAUAUGGCUCAUCGACUAGCGAGAGAAUCGGGCGAAUUUGGUGGCGUGAAUUUGUGCAAGCGAACUGUUUGUGAUAGUGUCUAAUAAAAGAUAUGGCGAAUGAAGAUAAUAAACAAAGAAAACUGCGAAAGCAAAAGCGAAAAGAAAAUUCAAAAUGGAAAAUUCAAUGAAAAAUAAUACAGUAUACUUCUAGUUAUAAAGCGCAAAGCAAGGCAAAGGAAAACAAAAAAAAAAAACUAAAAACUAAACUAAAUAAUAUAUAUCAUACCUAUAACAAUAUAUAUAGAAUAUAUAUGUAUGAAUACAACUACAACUAACUAGCGAACCCUAAGAAACUGUAAAUACCAACAUCUCAACUCUCGCAAAUCCCCGCAUUAAGAAGUAUAAGAUAUAACUAAAAACUAACUGCAAUAAAAGUAAAGUAAAAGUAAAAGUAAAAG